AUGCAGGGGGUGCGCAAGAUUAUCCCGGACGACCAAGAUUCUGGAAAGGUGAACGACCAAAGUGACGUGAUACAGACCGGCAAGGGUGGAAGCAUGACGCUAACUAAUACUAUCACGGACACCAGCAGCCAGGAUGAGCAAGAAGGUGCAGGUAGCCAACUGAAGAAGGAGUUGAAGGAACUCCAGAAAAAGAUCAGCGGCGACGGCCAGGCAAACUCUCAGAGUACUGACGAAUCUGGCAAACGCAGCGAACUAGGACACGAGAUGCCUGUACUUGAGGAUGAUCCGGGGUCUGGUUCUACUGACGUAGGAGCCACGGAUCCCGCGGGAGAAAGAGCUUUAGAGGCUGGAUCUGGUGAGACAGAAUCCAUGCAUCGUGUAGGAGAAAGAAUGAUAGAAGAGGGAUCUGGUGAGGCAGAAUCUAUGAAUCGCGUAAGAGAAAGAAUGAUAGAAGAGGGGUCUGGUGAAGCAGAAUCUAUGAAUCGUGUAAGAGAAAGAAUGAUAGAAGAAGGAUCUGGUGAGGCAGAAUCUAUAGGUCGUAUGGGAGAAGGGAUGCUAGAGGCUGGAUCUGGUGAGGCAGAAAGCAUGCCACUAGAAGCAGGAUCCGGGGAGUCUAGCAACCUCGCUGGAGGAGAAGCUGAAAACAUCCAGUCACGACGUGCGACGAGAAACAUCCGUAAGAAACGGCUCGCCAUUAUGGGCCACAGGUGGCCGAAAGCCAUUGUUCCCUAUUCCUUUGCCGACUCCAUGACCGACACCACCAAAGCUGAUGUUCUAUCCGUGAUGGCGUUCUACGAGAAAAACACGUGCGUCAAGUACGUGCCCAACGGGGAUCGUGCAAAAUACAACCUCGACCACUGGGGCUACCUCUACUACCAACGAUUGAGCAGCUGUUGGUCAGUGAUCGGUAACUCAAACAAAAAGCAAACCAUUUCCUGUUGUGGCCGAACUCCGUGUAUUCACGAAAACGCCCACGCCCUCGGACUGUUUCAUGAGCAGCAGAACAACGAACGAGAAGGUUUCAUCAGAAUCGAGUGGCAAAACAUACAGCCUUCGCACAUGUACAACUUCAUGCAGAUGAGCAGCAACGUGGUGACCUUCCCCUACGACUUCUCCUCCAUGAUGCACUACAGCGUCACUAGUUUUUCCAAGAAUAAGAAGCCGACGAUAACGAGACUCAUUGAAUCUCCCGAGUUCAUCGUGGGCGGCAAAUAUUUUUACAUGCUGCAACAGAUUUCUGAAAUCUCAUCGUGUAGAACGGUUGGAAAGUGUGAGGACAUUCCAUGUGAAAAUGACGGGUACGUGACUGUGAAACGUGGCAAAUGCGCAUGCGUGUGCCCUGAUGGUUUAGAACCCUCUACCGGCUGCACCACUCCCAAAAUGACUGAACACAUCCCCGAAUGGCCCCCAGGAACGUUCGCCCUGCUCAAGACGUCGGCGUCGUGUCCGCCCGACUUCAAGGAGGGGUCAGUGAAAAUGGAGGGUGACGGCACGAACAAGGUCUCCCCCGGCCUGCACCUGGCGGGCGAUUUCACGGCGAAGACCCAAGAGUAUCAGUUCUGUGUUCAGGACCAGAGCUCGCAGUCUGAGUUCAAGUGGGAGGCCGGCAACUACUGCAUCAACAAAGUGGGAGACUCCUGCCCUGAAGGAUUCACUAGCGGAGAAAUCACAGUUAGUGGUAUGAAGGGCGGGGCUAACAGUCACUCGGGGACCGUGCCUGGCGGGAUGUUUGGAGACGACACGACGUUCAACUACUGCUGCCGCCAGGAUGGGAUAACCUACGACCCAAUCCUCCUCCCGACCGAGCAUUCGUUCGCCAUGUACCCGGCUUUUGAAGGGUGUCAAGAAGUAGAAGGGAUGUACAGCCACGCUGAAUACUACUUGUUCGACGCCACCGCAGUGAAGAAAAGCGGCAUGGUUCCCGGACACAAGAUAGAAUCCAAUAACAAGCUUACCAUGAGAAUCUGCUACUACAUGCCGAUUAAAUACGACUGUGGCGGUGUUGUGGAUCUGACCUCUAGCUCCCCCACCCACUCCUUCACGUCUCCCGGGUACGGGGAUGUCUACCCCAACGGCGUGCAGUGUACCUGGUUAUUCAAGGGCCCCAAAGAGUCUAAGAUGGUGCUGGAUUUUGAGGAGUUUGAUGUUGACAAGGGAGCAGGUGGUUGUUCAGAUUACGUCGAGAUCCGGAACAUGCGCGUGGGGCACCCUGGUCUCAAAUACUGUGGUAAAUAUUUUGGUCGGAGCAUACUGGGUACCUGGAACACUGUUGCUGUCGUGUUCAGAACGGACGAUCAAGGUCAAGCGAAGGGCUUCAAGGCCACUGUCAAGAUGAUCCCAUGGAAGGACUUGUCGUACAACAUUGCUGACAAAGGUGCAUCUUACAACGGGAAGAUCAACUACACCAUCAGCAGCGAGAAGUGCCAGAACUGGAGAGACAUGGCCAUGUGUAGACACAGCUCCAUAGCGCCUCAAGAUCUCGGCGAUCGUUUGGUCGACAACUACUGCCGCAACCCCGGCCACGGCUUCCAGCCCUGGUGCUACGUCCAGAAAACAGACUGUAAACGCAACUACUGCGACGUGUCCGGUAUAGGACGAAUAUUUGACUCUAAUGAUGACUGUGCGAAACAGCUGAAAGCGAACCCGGACUUGUGUUCGGACAACGUCCUGGUCAUGGGUUGUAUGCGGACUUGUCAGAAUAGUCUCAAUCUGGAUACGCCAACAAAAAGUAUUAGUUUUAUUUAA